UCGGUGCGAAGUACGAGCUAAAAUUCGAUACGACCAGAUAUGCGUGACGUCGUCAGGCGCUGCACGGCAACCUUAUCACGUGAUCAAACAAUAUGGCGGUGCCCAUGGGCUGAAUUUUGCCGAGCAGAACUUAUCAACAGUUUUGAAACAGCUGGUUAUGAGACUUCUUCAGUCAUCUUUUAACUAUUAAUCGCUCCUCAGAACUUAAGGAGAGGAAAAGUGAAGGUUGUAUGAGAAACGGUAUUUUUGAAAGCUGAGAAGAAAGGCGAAAAGUUAGAAACAUUUGAAAGGGGAAGUAAACAAUUCGUUGACGUUGAUGCGGGAAGGUCGCAAUCCCUGCGCCGGCGGCUACGGGUAUGCCACCAAUCAAUUAUCAGUGAGCGGGCCGGGCCAACAGCCGUUAGGGCUGACCAAGUCGCACGCGCACUGCAGUUUGUGACCAACUUGAUCGACUCGGGGCACCUAAAUUUGUAAAAAAAUAAACAUGUUCACUCUUCAACCAACUGUAGUGUCAAAGUCUUCCAAUCCUGGUCUUUCAUUACUGAGUCGAGGAAUAGGAGAGGAAAAAGAACAACAUGGACAAACAAAGCUGGAAGUUUGCCUUGAACCGGAGGACUACCACAACAUCCAAGGCCGUCGAUUCUACCUGCCCCCUUUACAGCAGCAUGCGUGGGCCAAGGAGUCGAAGCAGGUCUCGCCCAGAGAGGUGCGGGUACACAAGACCUACACCACCAGGAAGGGGGCGCUGCUCCUCUACGCCGAGGACCUGGCCCUGACCUCGCAGGAGGGGGCGGACGGCAAGAAGAGGUCGAUGGAGGCCGAGGACUCGAGCUACUUCAACUCAAUAAGUGAUCUACGCAAUGCUGUCUUGUCGUAUGGUAGCGGCACGAGACAGCAAACCUUCCAGCCUGCUGCUUCGCAGGUCGACCCAAGCCAUCAACCAUUCCUGGGUUUUGUACACAAUAAGCGGUCUCAUGGGCCGUACAAGACAGUCCGUCCAGGCUUCUCGGCCAAACGCUACCUGGCCAACUGGUCAAGGAGCUGGGAUGAUUCCAUACUCAACUACCUCCGAAGUGAAGGUCAUAUAUGGGACAAGAAUCUCUUCCAGCAGAACGUUCUAGCUCCUAACCUGUACAGACGUAUCAACGAUGACCUCUCCCUCGUUCCCUUGCCAUACCGGGUCACGCGUAACAUGCUCAUGUCACCGGGUGAAUUUGAAAGCUUAGAAUUCUACAGGAUACGACCUGACGGUGCAGAUACAGGGGGCUAUGAUGACGAUGACGGCUAUGAUGCCGAUGUCGAUGCCACCGAGAAGGGUAGUAAGGGCAGGAAGAAGAAGAAGUCGAUUCAGAAACCUUUCAACUUGCCAGGUUCGAUCGCUAUGAUUGUUCGCGACAUGGAGCAGAAACCACAUGCCGUCCAGUACGAGCAGCUCGAUGAGGAGCAACAGAGACAGGUUCUUCAGCGACUGCUACUACAGAGUGCCCUCCACCAGCAACAACAUCUCAGGAUAAUCCGAGAGGAGAAUGAAAAGAAGAAAGAGGAGGAGACGGUGAUGGAAGAAGAAGGAGAGAACUCUGCCACUUCAAGUCAGAAGCGUCCAAUGCCUAUUCUUUCGGGCCAGCCUAAACAGAGAAGAACGGACACAGACAUGACGCUCUACGGCAGUCCAACCUUCCAGGUUCCCGAUGCACAAGACAUUGAUAUGGAGCAAGCCAUAGCAAAUCUCAUCACAAGCAACUCAACCAACAUUCUUGGUGGCUCAACGGCAUUCACCGAUCAGACCAUUCUAGACAUGUACAGUGCGAUGAAAGGCAAGACCAAGAAACCACCAGCACCCCCACCCUCAACAUCACCCUCUCAAUGGCCUCAGGGUUCUAAGCGCGGGAGGGUCAAGAACAACAUGUACCACACCUACCCGGCCAACUUCUCUGGCAUCCAGCCCCUCCCACCCAUCCAGAACUCAUUGGAAGGAAACAUGGGUGGUGGCGGAGACUUCAUGUGGCCUACCCCUCCGCCCAAGCAGGGUACCGGACCCCCCGUCAUCACAAUGGAACCGCCUACACCCCAGCACCCGUUACUGAGUGGGAAGAGUAAAUUUUCACAGGGAUGGUCAAGUCGUAGCAAAACGCUUUCAAAAAGUAGCGUCCAAUCAUCGUCCGAAACGAACAUCUGGAAAGCGGACAUCGACGAGAAUGACCUCCUCCAGGAGGCCGAGAGGGAGGACAUUGAACACGAGAGGGCGUCUUCUGACCAGGAGGUAUGGAUAAAGAGCCCUCGUUCAUCCACAAAGGGUUCCUCAAAGAAGGCAUCGUCUAAAGACAGCGCAGUAAGCAAAGCAAGUAAAGGAUCUGGAGAAAGCAUCAUUGCUCUUUCCAUCAAUAGCCACUUCAGCCACAGCAUGGAGAACCUAGCCAGCCCCGUGGGCGAUCAGAAACCCAGAUUCCCGGCCGCAGGCUCCGUACCGGCGCGGCUCCGGGAGAGCAUGCGCUCGAACAAGGGGAGCGGCAGGGGGAGUAGCCAUGGGUGCGUGUUGCUAGGGGACCAGGGCGGAGACUUCUUGAUCACCGGCUCAAAGCAGGGGAGCAGCUACGCCCCUUCUGUUGACUCCCUGGCUGACAACGUUCCAAGUCCUGUUGAGGCCCCUACGCCUCAGGAACCUCCUUCUAUAUCCCAGGAACUUCCUUCUAUCGAAUCAUCUGAAUCCUUGGAGGUUCCCGACGCAUCCACUCUAGAUGCCGAAGAAAUCUUUGAAGAAAAGGCGGACAUUGGCUCAACUGAUAAUGUGGCGGGCUCUCCUGAAGAUGAUGAUGCACAUUCUGUUAAAACCGAUGAGUUUCUAUCCGAGGCUGACGACACCAAGACGACAGGAAGGUCAGUCAAACUAGGUCAAGGGGUCAUUGACCUUACAAUGUCCGAACCUGCCGAGUCCGUCCGGGAUAAGAUGUCCGAGAAACGGAGCUUGCCUAGCUACUCCAAAAAGUCCUCCACACAAGGCUCUGUCAAAGCAGAGUCAUUGCAAUCUGGGAAAGAUGAUGAUGAGCUCGGUCAAUUGUCUGAUGGGGAGAAGGACGAGGAAUGGCCGGGUCAAGCUGACCAGUCAAAGACUGGGAGCGUGACCGGUCAGGAUGAUGACCAGCAGGCAGAUAUGUCAUCCAAGAGGCGAAGCUCCGUGGCCGGUUCGGAGAGCGAAGUAGAAAUCGAAGUUGAAGCAGCUGGAGACGGAAACGAAGAAAACGGGGGAGAACCAGGGGAGGGUGGAGACAACAAUUCUGGUUUAAGAACCUCUUCUCUUCUGGAGCCUCCUGCGUCUGUCGCCGGGAGCGUGAGGUCGCGGUCCGGUUCCGUUGAAGCUCAACUUGAGCAGCUGGUAGAGGCAGCGUCUGUGAUUGUUGAUGAGAUUAUGCAGAGGCCAAAGUCUGGACGUGAUCUGGCCAAGGAUGCUAUGAUGGCAGCGGAGAUCUGGUCAGCCAAGCUUGGAGAGCUCUUUGACCAGAACGAUGACCCUGAGCGUGUCCGGUCAGCCCCAUACAGGCGUCGGCAGAACUCCCUGGACGAAGAAUCGGUCACCUCGGACAUGUCCAGCAAGGGAACCAAGAGGAGUAGACGGAUACACUCGGCGGAGGCUGCCGUCACUUUGCUUCGGCAUCUACUCAAAGCUUCUGUACCUGAUGACCUAGCCUCCCUGUCUGGCGCUGAUUUAGAAAGCCUUAUAUCCCGGGUAGCGGAAGAAAACACCAAUGUGAAGAUCGGUGCUGAGGUUUCCGACAUGAUAGAGAAUCAAGACAACCUCAAUGACCACGACAUUGUGGUGGUCGAGGACAUCACCGAAAGGAAGUUCAUCGUCGAGUCCCUCGCAUCAAGCACCGUGUACGGGGGCGACACAGAAGAUGAAGAAGAGAUACAAGAGACGAAGAUGGUGGCGGAGAGGGCGUUUACGGUGAGGAGCCGGGCGUCGGUACUGGAGGAGGCUUCCGAAGGUGAAAGUGAUAAGCCAGAUGGAGCGUUGCUUACCCCAAAGCCACCUGCGUCUGCAGUUUCGAAGGCACCAUCUAGGGUAUCGUCUGGGGCACCGUCUAAGGCACCGUCCAAAGCACCAUCAGUAGUAGUGGAGCCUCCAAAAGGUUCCAAAUCAGCCGAGGGGAAGAAAGAAGAUGCUGGUGGAGAUGGUGCAAAAGAUAGCGGCCCCCUCGGGUUUAGUAUGACCAAUCUGGGUGUCGCGGAGAAGAUAGAGGCGGAGAAGACUACUCUGAUUGUGAGAGCUCCCCCUGAACCAGAGAAACCUGCCGAUGACGCCGACGCCAAGCUCAACGACGAGCUCGCCAAGAUAGUUGCAGAGACCGGACUCCUGGAGAAGAGGGGAUCCAAGUCCAAGAAGGGCAGCAUGAGUACCAAGACCAGUACCAAGAGUAACAAGAGCUCCAAGAGUUCCAAGAGCAAGAAGGGGAAGGAUGGGGAGGACGAGGAAGACAAGGAUGCCUUUAUUGUCAGUUUGCCCAAAGACAGUAAAGCAGACAUCCUUCUCUACAAGCCUAUGACUCCAGAACCUCCGAAAGAGGAACCAAAGCCUCCACCAAAGGAGAAGAAAAAGCCGAUCCAGAAGAAGACCAAGAAACCGGCUCCGAAACAAGAGAAGCCCAAGAAAACCAAGAAGCCGCCCAAAGAACCAUCGGAGAGUCCCAAAGACAACAAGCAAGUCGAGGAGGAGGAGGCCAAAUUGAAAGCAGAGAAGGAGAAGCAGGAAGAAGAGGAGAGGAAGAAGAAGGAAGAGGAGGAGAAGGCUGCUAAGGAGGCUGCAGAGAGGGAAGGAGAGGAAGACGAGGAGGAAGAGGAUGAGGGGAGGGCCUCGCCGGAAUCUCCAGAGUUCAUCAUUGUUCAAGACGAAUUCUCCGAUUCUGAUGAAGAGGAACAGCCUCCUUCGUUGCCUCCUGAACUCCCUGUUGAUGAAAUCAAGCUGGAGCCAUCGGUCUCGGCUGCACCCAGCGAGGAUUACUCCGAGAUAACAGACUUCACAGAGGAUUCAACAAACGAAGGACCAAACAGCAUCUCUCGUUCCCAAGCCAAAGCUUUCAAGAGAGCCGCGGAGGCUGAGAAGAGGAAAGCAGCGGUGGAGAAGAAGAGAAGAGACCGGGACGAGGCAAAGAAGAGAGCCCAAGGGGAAGCUGAGAGAGCGGAGAGGAUCAAGCAGGAGUACGAAGAUGAGAAGAAGAGGAAGGAGGCAGAAGCACUGGAGAGGGCAGCAAGGGCAGUAGAGGAACGAGAGAAGCUGGCCAAUCAAGAGGAGGAACGCAAGAGACAAGCCGCUCUGGCAGCAGAGAGGGAACGCAGACAACAGGCCGAGUACAAACGCAAGAUGGAGGAGAUGGCUCGCAAGAAGCGUGAAGAAGAUAUGAAAAGAAAAGCUGAAGACGAACAACGAAAGAAAGAAGAGGCAGAGCGAAUGCGCAUCGAGGCUGAGAUGCUAGCAGCAAUGGAGGAAGCCGAGCGUAUCGAGUUCGAGAAGCGUCGAAAAGCCGAAGAACUUGAGGCGGCCAGGAUCGCGGAGGAAGAACGCAUCAAGCGCGAGAUCGAAGACAAGAUCGCGGAGGAGAAGGCGCGACUGCUGGCGAUCGAGCUCGCGAAGCAGCAGAAGGAGGUGGAGGCGAGGCUAGCGUUCAACAAGGAACUGCACUCGGAAGCAAACGUCUUCACUCACUCUCAGGACAUGACGAGGGCGUUCACCUGGUCUUACUUUGAGCUCCUGGAGCAUCUGGGGAUAGAUAUCCCUGAUUCACUGAAGGAUCAUUACAAGGAGAUUGCAGAGAGUAAAGGAGAUGGCUAAAGAACGGUCGACCGUCUAGUAGAACUCUUUCAAAUGAUAAUUCAUGCAGGGUUUCCAUUUAGAUUGCAUAAAACAGAAAUCCAAUCUUAAUGGCAUAGUAAUCUAAUAGUAAGCAGAAAUAUCAGAAAAGCUCUGAUGAAAGUUUGAACAAAUCAGAAAAACGGAAAGCAGUGAUAUAGUCUUGUACACAACAAAUGGGAGGGUUUUCCAUGCAUACGUCACAAUCCACUGACAAAAUUGCCAAUUUUGAGAUUUGCAUAGCUUUAUUGAUCUCAUUUUUCGAACAUUCAUAACUCUCUGACUAUUGGUCCGUUUUACACUUUCACCAUUUUAUGUGUCUGAUUUAAGUCAAAAAUGCAAUUUAUCAACACAUAUUUUAUUUAUUGAUUUUGAAGGGAUUACUUUCAUUUUCUGCUUGAACAGGGGACUCUGAUAAUUGCAGUUUAUUAAAUUUCAUUUGCCUGUGUUUGUAAAUGUGAUAGUUAUAUCAAUGAACACAAAGUAUAUCAUCAAUUUUGUGACCAAAGGUUAAACAUGUAAAUACCUUCAAGGCACACAAAUUUCAAAAUGUCUGUUCAAACAUUUCAGACAUUUCAAGCAUUCCAUUUAUGCCUCAACAAAUUUGCAAGAAACAACUUAAUUUAUGUUUUGUUGUCGUUGAUUUCUUUUUGUUCAAGACUUUUAGCACAUUUGGAACUACUUUUUAAUGAACAAAUAUUUUAGGGGAGAUAUUUUCCAUGUCCAUGCUAUUUUUCUUUAACAAGGCGAAAUGUUGUCGGAAUUCUCUCUGUUAGAACUCGUUAAAGGAAUUUUCACCAAUGUAUCCACAUCAUCGCAGCAAGUGAUCAAUUAUAAGGUGCUGUUACAAAUUAAAAAGUGGUUUAUGUGUCACUGAGCAACUUGGGCCUUAAGGAGUUAAGUCUAUGUUACACUAGUUAUUGACUUCAAUGGGGUGUUGGGUGGAGUUAAGUCUUUGUGGUUCCUAGAAAGCCCACAUCUUUCUGAACAUUUUGAUAUGAAAUACUCAUUUUGGCAAAGUAUGGAGUUACCUCUUUGUGUCACCAACCCUUGAUGUAGGAAAAUGAAAUUGAUGUAAAUAAUUGUCAAUUUUAACUCAAUAUGAACUGAACAUUUGCAGUGGAGUGAAUGCAUAUCUUAUUAGACUUAUCGACACAAGAAACUGGUAUUAGCCAUUAUGUUUAAAAAAUCAUCAGUUUUUAAUACAUAAUGUUGAUAUACGAAACGAUAUAAUAACAAAAGAAACUACAUUGUAUCGUUUUUAGUCCUUUAGUUCAUAAUAACAUUUGUGCUCAGUUACAUGUGAAUGAACAAUACAUUUAUGGAGACAUUUUCAUUUUAGUUCAAAUCAUAGUCUACAUGUACAUACCUUGAUAGACAAAAGUAUGAAUACAACAUUAAGUCAAAUGUUUCAACAUUAAACGGAAUUCGUAAAUUGUAUCAUUUGUUUGUACAUGAAUUUUGUAGAUAGCUACAUGUAUGAAUUCAAAUAUUUUCCUUCUAUGCAGUUUGGUAUUUAGAAUCUAUGCAGAAACAUAUCUAUUCAUAAUUACACACAUAUGCAUGUUCAUGUAGAAGUUAUAUAUUGAACUAUAUAUAUUUUUGGAUGUAAUGUACAUGAACAUGAGGUAAUUAAAGAAAUAUAUCCUAGUGCUUUCAUGAUUUCAUGGAAAUGUCAUAAUGCUACAAUAAUAUUACGACAUAGUAGUUUGUACUCUGCUUUGUUCUCUUAUUAUACUAAGAACAGUUUGAUUGAAUGAUAGUAUAUGCAAAGGAUCCGUCCCUGUAUAUAGGAAAAUUGGUAUAUCAGAAAGAGACUUUUUUAAAUGUCAAAUCUCAUUGAAAUCUUAAAAAACCUAUAUGCACACCUACUUGUAAUUUGAAGUGUGUAAAUUGUAAUUGAAAUCAAUGUGCAAUAUGAAUCGAUGUUCAAAUUGAACUAGAAAUUUGAUGAUAAUCUUUCACAUGGACAAAAUAAGAUAAAUACAAAACGUGGUGUGAAAAUAUAGUUUAUAUAGAUUAGCAUGCGUUAUACUAUAGUCAUGCUCGUAGAUGUUUGUGUAUGUUGAUAAAAGUGUGUCAUAUGAAACCUCAAGUAUAUUUAUUGGUGAUUUGGCUUCAAAUCAAAUGCAUUUCCGUCCUUUUAACAUGAACACAGGGUUGGUGUAUAUUCUGGUGUUAUGAGUGGUCAAACUAUAUCGGUCAAAGGUCAAACAAUUGCUUGGUUCUAUUUUACAAUUUUGAUGGAUGAGAAUAUCAUGCAUUGAGAGCCAGAAAAGGCAUUAACUCCUUGGCUAAUUGUACACAGACCUAACGAUUUUCUGGCUUGCAACAGAAAGUAUGAUGACUUGAUGAAAUGAAUGUUAAUCUGCAUCUAGUAUUUGCCACAAUGCACUAGCCAAAGACAAUGGCACAGAUAUGUCAGAUGUUUGAAAAGUGUAUUUAAGAACCUGUACAGUGAAGGUACAAGGAUGUCCAUACUGGCAGAAUAACAUUAAUCCUAGCUUCAUGUCUGCUUCAGGUUUACUCUCUUUUAUCCUGCCUUUUAAAUUGAUGACAUGGCAUAUAUGGAAAUACAGAGAUAUAAUUGAAAUAAAUUUGACAUUAUCCUAACUUUAAA